GACAUUGUCGGCACUUGGUGACUGCUUAAAUUACAUGUUUUAAAAAUGUUACGGCUAAAUGAGAUAACUUUUCGCAAAAUUGCUCUCUGUGUGAUCCUCUCGUGUCUGGCUCUGUACGCAUACGUGUGUAUGGACAUGGACACGGGACCCAAAAUUGAAAAUGCUUACUUUGUGAACAACGAGGGCUGCAAAAUGAUUGCACUGGAUGUGACGAGCCCCGCGAUACAGAGCCACAUGACCAAGCCACCUGGAGAGUACACGUGCAACGAUGAAACCUGGUUCGGUUCGAGGCUGCGGAGUGGCAACUGGUACCUGGAGCUGAUGCGAGACAUUGAUCAGAUUCUGAUAGAGCACAACAUCGAGACCGAAACUAGCAUAGAGUGCGAGUACGAUCGAUUCGAUGGGAAGAGCGACAGCCAAAUGGAGCACUACAGACCGGUUAUAUUCAAUCUGACACAUCCAUACCGCUGGGAGGUGGGACCAGCCAUUUAUCUACGUGUCUUUUGCUACCAUUCCAAGAAACUACUCCACGAAGAUGUGCACUUCUUCAUUCAGCCACCGCCGCCAGAAUUACUUGUGAAACCAAACAGCUUGAAGAAAUGGGGAAAAGACAAUGCAUCUCAACCCGAAGAGCCGCUCAUUUCAGUGAUGAUCCUGGGAUUGGAUAGUGUUUCCCAUCUGAACUUUCUGCGCCAAAUGCCACGUACUGCUUACUAUCUCCGCAAUGAAAUGUCUCACGUCGAAUUUUGGGGCUACAACAAGGUCGGUUUGAAUUCCUUUCCGAAUCUGAUUGCCAUGUUGACGGGGCAGAGUGAGGAGGAGAAUGAAAAUUACUGGAAGCCCCAAAAGCGCAUGGACGAUUGCCCUGUGAUUUGGAAGGACUUUAAGCAGGCUGGCUAUAAUACCACAUUGGGUGAAGAUUAUCCUGAAUACAGUCUGUUUAAUUUCUUGAAGCCUGGAUUCGCCUCAAUGCCAACUGAUCACUAUCUGCGUCCAGUUGUGAAUACCAUGUUGAGGGUCUUUAGCACAGAGUCCAUUGCCUGGUGCUCGGCUGGCCGCACACUCACGGAUGUUUUGCUGGAGAUGGUCGAGAACCUGCUGCCCCACAUGCAAAGGCAUCCAUUCUUCUCGUUGUACUGGUGGUCACAGGGCAUUCAUGAGUACUUCAACUUUGCUUCGACGAUCGAUCAGCGUUUCGUGGGACUACUGAGGCAUUUGGAGGAUACGGGUAUCACCAACAAUACCUUCAUAUUCUUCAUGUCCGACCAUGGUUCGCGAUGGGGAUCAUUUCGUAGGACCUUUCAGGGUAUGCUGGAGGACAAUCAACCCAUGCUGUUCACGCUCUACCCCAAGUGGAUGAAGGAACGCUAUCCGCUGGCCAUCAAGAACCUGGAGAGCAACAGCCACAGUCUGAUUACGACAUACGAUAUGUACGAGACCAUGAGGGACCUCCUCCACCUGGAUUCAUUGCAGGACAAUCGUUUGAAGCAGAAGUCAAGUCUCCUAUGGAAGCUACGCGGGUCUGACACACCUCGUGGCGUCAGCCUCUUCCUGCCAGUACCAUCGUGGCGCACUUGCAACACUUCCAACAUUCCUGUUGCAUUUUGUCUGUGCCAAAAACUGACUCCCCUUCAAUUGGAUGAUCCCACGGUAGCACUUGUGGCACGCUCAGCUCUACAAUCGAUUAAUCAGCUUCUAGAACCCUUUCCCAUGUGUCUUCAGCUGGAGCUCAAGGCUGUGGUCAGCGCGUUCUCUUCGGUGCCGCAUGUGACCCACAAACAUGACAAGAGAGACUUCACCGUGCGCUUUCAAACGGUUCCAGGCGAUGCUUACUUUGAGGCCACAUCGAGACUGACGGAUGGGGUCUUGAACCAGGCAGGAGAGAUCAUUCGUAUUAUGCAUCGCAACAACAACAGCAACUGUAUUAGCGAGCUUCAGUUGGAGCCCUUUUGCUAUUGUGCAGUGUAGCAUCGAGAUCAAAAUGAAUUUUUAAAGAGAAUAUAGGAUAUAAAUGCGUA